CUAUGUCCCUUAGUGUAGCAUGUAGAGGUGGCCGACGCUGCUUCACGAUAACAUGAGAUUCUUCGUCACCAUCGUCAUCAUAUCUGCGGCGUUUGAAGAGGUUGAUCGUGGGCUCUUCGACCGUGUCUUCGUGGACUAUGCCACUACCGGACUGUGGAGCUGUGCUUAGGCGUGAAGUUGGCCGGUCAGGCCCGUGGGACACGGGGCGAGGCCAUAAGCUGGACCUUCUUCUCUGUCCAGACUCUGGUCGGAUGGCAAUAAAUCGCGCGUAUCUGCAUCAUAAGAGUUGUUGCCAACUCGUCCCGAGAAUUCGAUUUGGGGUGAGAAAGCUCCUAACAGCCCGUUCUCCGGGUCGUUCUGGCAAGGUUUGGGGCACUUGGCAACUGGGCAGCCGACCUGGCUACCGCUGGAAUCAUGCUUGGCACCGCUGUUGUGUAGGGCAAGAUUAUCGUACCGUGAAGCGCUGCCGGCCCGGUGUUUAGAUGUCGUGUGGCCCCUGUGGGACAGUUCGUCACUGCCGUAGUUACCCGGUGCCUGCGUGCGAUUGCCCGUCGGUAGCUCUGACUC